ACAAGUGCUGACAUCGUUGCGAGUAUUCAAUGAACUUCAAAACCGUAAAGUCAACCGAUUAUUAAACGAACGAAAACAACUCGAAAAAUUGCGAAAAAUGGAAGAUAAACCGGUCGAGAUGGAAAAUCAAGAUAGUUUUCUUAUGGAAAUCGUGUCGGACAUUAUUUAUAGUCCGGUCAAUUUGAUUUUAGUAUCGCUAAUAGCAUUGUUAGCCUACAAAAUAUUCAAAGGUAACAGACCGACUCCGCCACCUCCUCAACAACAAUUACCGAAAUUGCGACGAGAUUUUACCGUGGAAGAGCUCAAAAAAUACGACGGAAAUCAACCGGAUGGUAGAGUACUUGUUGCUGUAAAUGGUAAUGUUUUUGAUGUAACAAGAGGAAAAAGAUUUUACGGACCAGGCGGUCCUUACGCUCCGUUCGCCGGAAGAGAUGCUUCGAGAGGUUUAGCCACAUUUAGCGUUUCAGCGAAAGACGGUGAUUCCUACGAUGAUUUAAGUGACCUUAAUACGGUUGAAAUGGACUCGAUAAGAGAAUGGGAAGCACAAUUUAGAGAAAAAUACGAUUUAGUUGGACGUUUAUUAAAGCCGGGUGAAGAACCAACAAAUUAUUCGGAUGAAGAAGAAGAAACUGGUGGAUCAAGCGGUGGUGAUGCAAAAGAUAAAAAAGAUAAUUAGACUAUUAAUAGUAUGCGGUUAUUUUAUGAUGAAGGGGGUGAAGGGAUAAAUCGACCAGCAGUUUGACUUUUAUUACAUCCGCGUAGAUGUACUUUUAACAGUUUGUUUUUUUUUAUGUUAGCAUUGUUACUUUUUAAAUACUACUUAAAGCAAAAAAUAAAUACUACUAAUUAAUUAUAAUAAAAAGAAAAUCGAGAUAACGUAUUUUUGUAUGGUUUAAAAUAAUCCAUUUUAUUUUAAACAAAUUGUCAAAAAAUUAAUUUUAGGUUAGGUUAGGUCGGUGUCAAAUUGAUUUAAACAUCUAUCUCAAAUAAGGUUGUACAACUUUGUAAUGAUUAAAUAACUAUAAAAAAAAAAUAAUUUUGACAUUUGUUUUGAUAAAAUGGGGUGCUCUAAAAAUAAUUAAUGUGCAAUAUAAAAUUAAAAUUAUUGUAAUAAUCGUGUAGCGAUAAACUGUUUUGAUGGUUGAACAUUUUUAAUUAAUUGGUGCGUGUUUUCUGUGUGCUUUAGACGUUAUUACAAAGAUAAUCAAAUUGAAAAAAUAAAGAGGCCAAUUCUUCCAUAUAGCUUCUCAUUAUUAUGUAAUUUCUUACACGUGCAUUUAUUAUUAUUACAUUUAACAUUGUAAAUUCUUA